AUGUCCGACUCAUACACAAAUUCCUCCUUCUACUUCACAUCCACCCACAACAACACCGACGGAACCACCUCCUCAACCGGACACCGCUACAAGACCAGCUCUCUCACCGAACCCGACGGUACAACCAUCAUCCGAACCUCGCGCCAAGACCUAGGUCAAUCCCCCAUCAUCGAAGAACACCACUACAACAGUAGCAGCCAGGAACAAUUCGCUCUACCUGGUCCAAGCCGCACUGUAGCCGGUGGUGUGCGCCGAAUAGCCGAGAUGGACGACGAAGAAGAAGGCACGUCUGAACUGUCCGCCUUUGGACCGGAGACACCGCGGCUGGACGACGGGGCGGCGGUACCGUUCGGGACCAAGGUGAUCGAUGUGGAUACGGGGGCGUAUGAUGAACAUACGCAUUUUUACGGGGACAAGACGAUGAGACAUCAUCGGGAGUUGAAAGAUGUGGCUGGGCGGAAGUUUACGCGAGAUGUGGAUUUCGAUCCGUCGGGGAGGGCGACGAGGGCGCAUGAGCGGAGACGGUUUGAGAAUCCGGAGACGGGGACCGAGGUCGAGCGAGAGAGUGAGGUGGAUGUUUCGGAGGUGUUGUAG